AAACAAGGCUCUAAGUCCGAAUCUUCCGGUGGAGCUGCCAAAGCUUCUGACCGUUUCUCGCAGAAGCUUAGAGGAGCCUUUCAUAUGUCAAAACGAUCGAGUUUGACUUGAUUUCCCGCAAAGAAUCGAUUUUUUUUUUCUUUUGACGAAUGGUGGGCUCGAAGCAGGGCUUUCCUUCGUGGAUUGGUGCGGCUGCAACCAGGGUUGAUUUUGAGGGGAAGGUUUCGUCUAUGUCAUCUUCCAGUGAUCCAAGUGAUCAUCACAGUGGCUCUUCGGGUGCGCCGCCGCCGAGCCAUUCUGAUGCUGAAUUGUCUUUUGGAGAGAGAGCUUUGUCUGCCGCUGGUGCUGCUUUCGUUUCUGCUAUCAUCGUUAAUCCACUGGAUGUCGCCAAGACAAGACUACAAGCUCAGGCUGCUGGGGUUUCUUAUCAGAACAUUUGCCGGAUGGGAUGUGAAACAAAUACGAGGGUACCGGAUGCAAGAUAUCCCGUUAUGCAAGCAUUUUCUAAAUCAGAAUCAGCAUGCCCUUUGGGAUGUCACGCUAACCAGUACAGAGGAACCCUUGAUGUCUUGUACAAAGUCAUACGUCAGGAAGGAUUUACAAGAUUGUGGAGAGGCACAAACGCAAGUUUAGCAUUGGCUGUGCCUUCUGUUGGAAUCUACAUGCCUUGUUAUGAUAUCUUCCGCAACAUGAUGGAUGACUUUACUACGCAGAAUGCUCCAAACUUAACACCCUAUGUUCCACUGGUUGCAGGAACAUUAUCACGGUCAUUGGCUUGUAUAUCUUGUUAUCCUGUUGAACUAGCAAGGACACGUAUGCAGGCAUUUAGAGCUACCCAAAAGGGCAUGCUUCCUGGCGUGUGGAAGACAUUGCUUGGAGUAAUCAAACCUUUAAAUGGUGCAAGCCUCCUUCAAAACUUACAUGGCUACCGUUUCUGGUGGACUGGCCUGGGAGCACAGCUUGCUCGGGAUGUUCCAUUUUCUGCAAUUUGCUGGCCAACCCUUGAGCCAAUUAGGAGAAGACUUCUUGGUCUGGCGGGUGAUGAAGCAAGUGUAGCCACUAUCCUUGGGGCAAAUUUUUCAGCUGGUUUUGCCGCUGGGACCUUGGCUGCUGCUGCCACUUGUCCACUAGAUGUGGCAAAAACCCGACGACAAAUAGAGAAGGAUCCUGAACGGGCAUUGAAAAUGACAACAAGGACAACAUUGCUCGAGAUUUGGAGGGAUGGAGGAUUAAGAGGGCUAUUUACAGGUGUUGGCCCUCGUUUAGGUCGCGCUGGCCCUUCGGUAGGAAUAGUUGUCUCCUUUUACGAGGUUGUCAAGUAUACUAUAUACUACAGACAUCACACUUCAUCAUAAGGCUACACAUGCAUUGAUCUUUAAGGAUUUCAACCCCAUUUGAAUGGAGGGUCUUUGAUUUCCUUUAUGGGGUUAGCUUCAGUAGUGGCUUAUAUCUGAUAAGACAAGCAAUCCCAACAACAGAAACCAACAGUGUUUUGACAUCGUAAGAAGUCAGAGCAGGCUAGGCCAAAUGAUUCCCAUUUGAAAGCGUCUGAUCUCCCAUACGUCCCAUCACCUUCAUUUGCAAAAUAAUUGGCACGGAUGUUAUUGUUACACGUGUAUAUUCCUGCGAUCUCAAGUGGCAAAAGAUGCUAAACUCGCAAUAAAUCAUUUGUUUCUGGGGAGGACAGAGUGAACUCCCCCGCCCCCUCUCUUGUUGGCUAAUUUUGCCUUUAGCUCUAUAAAUCGUAAGUUUGAGGCGGGUAAACUGUAUGAUUCCUCAGUGUGGUUGGACUUGUUUGCAUUCUGACAACAUAUCCGUUAGAGAAAUAAUAAACACCACCAUUAUCUAUGUUUCA